UACUUGAGUGAUACUUGAAAGUUUUCGAUAACUUUAAAUUCGUCCCUAAGUCAUAAAUAAUGUUUUUAAUAUGUAGAGCCGUUCUGCAACCACUUGAAAUAUCCCUUUUUUUACUUGUCACGGCUUUUUAAGUCGACGCGCCUUACCUCACAACAGUUUUAGAAGUUUGCCGGAUCGCAGUGAUUUUUAAUAUUCUUAACUUUUGAGGCUAUUAUUUAUUUUACAAGAAAACUAUAUUAUGUCUACUGGGUGGACCUGAAGGGCAAAAUAAAACGUAAAAAUAGAACAAUUCGAGAGAGCAGCAGCAGGACAGGAGGGGGCCCGCCAAGUGGGGAAGAGCUAACAGAAAUAGAUAUAAAAUUUUUAAGUAUCCUCGGUGAGGAUUAUGGCAUGGGUCUACCAGCGGUGCAGGUGAACCCAUUGCAGGAUGAUAUGAGACCUGAAGCUAGCCCCUCUGGCAUUCGAGGUAUUGAAGUCGAAUCCAUUGCAGAAGAAUGGUUAGAACUUCCUUCUAGUGUAUCUCAAACUGUUAGUUCUAUCGAGGCAGAUUCUCUACCUGCAGCUGUAGAAAUUACUACUGCAUCAUCAGAUCCUUCACAAACCCAUGCAGCAGCUGUCUCUGAUGAGGCUGUCGGCGUCGAAGUACCUAGUGUGGUACAGGCUGAAGCCCCGCCACAACCUAGGCGACGGCGCCGACGUGCUCAUUUAACAGCCGCAGAAGCAAGGGUGCAAAUAGUUGAAGCUGCACAACAGAGGGCUGCUACUGAAGCUGCAAGUAGUUUAAUACUUCAAGAAGCUAUUUGUCUCUUUCGUGAAAUAGUGGCUAUAAUUAGAAGAAGGUACGGCAAAGAGCCCAGAGACGUGCCACAAGAUCCCGCCGUGUAG